GUGUGUGUGUGUGUCUGUGCGUGGAGGAAAGAGGGUGUGUGAGAUUAGGAAGGUGGGAGAGGAGAGGAGGCCAUAAAAUACGAGCCAAAAGGAAGCGAGAGAAAGGAAGUGGGAAGAGAAAGAGAAAGAGAUACAAACAAGGCUGUGUGUCGAUUGCGAUUUUGAAAGUCGUAGCCCAAAUUCUUCCGGAUAACUUGACAACCUACAAAGGACUGUAAACUUGAGUGUGACUCUGUGGAAAUAAGAGAAAAACAAGCAGCGGGUUUACAAGACAGACAGAAGAAGAAAAGACUCAAUGCAUGCGAUGGAGCAGGAGAGCGUUCAAGAGCAUGGAAGAAGUAGAAAACUGUCCAAGAUCUGGGUGAUAAAUGAACAUGUUCGAGUGGGACUCGCAGAAACCCUCAGCACCUAUGUCAUGAUGGUGUUUGGCUUGGGCUCUGUGGCACAGGUCGUGACUGGACGGGGUGUAUUCGGAGAGUACCUUAGUGUCAACCUGGGUUUCGGCCUGGGCGUGGCUAUGGGAGUGCAUAUUGGCGGGAGGGUCUCAGGGGCCCAUAUGAACGCAGCAGUAUCAUUCUCCAUGUGUCUUUUUGGUCGUUUGGGUUGGAGGAUGCUUCCAGUCUAUAUCCUCAGUCAGCUGAUAGGCUCCUUCUUGGCUGCUGGGACCAUAUAUUCCCUUUACUAUGAUGCCAUAUACCACUACUGUGGAGGGAAUCUGACUGUGUCUGGCCCUAAGGCUACAGCUGGGAUCUUUGCUACCUACCCAGCAACCUACCUCUCACUUCAUGCUGGAUUCUUAGACCAGGUGAUCGGCACGGCCAUGUUGUUGCUGUGCCUCAUGGCUCUGUCUGACCAAAGGAACCAGCCUGCUCCAUCGGGGGGUGAGCCCAUCGCUGUGGGCCUGUUGGUACUGCUCAUAGGAGUCUCUCUGGGGAGCAACAGCGGAUACGCAAUCAACCCUAGCCGUGACCUGGGACCUCGAAUCUUCACCGCUAUAGCAGGCUGGGGGCCAGAGGUGUUCCGGGCAGGUAACGGCUGGUGGUGGGUACCUGUACUUGCCCCCAUGGUGGGAGGAGUCACAGGGGCUUCCAUCUACAAGGUCUUUGUGGAACUGCACCACCCCUCCCCCUGUGAACACAGGAGGGAAAUAGAGGACGAGGCAGAGGAGGAAGCUGCCCCUCUGGAUAUGCAGAAAACCCUCAGCCCAGAGGUGUGUGUGUGAGGCACCCCAGCUGUGUGUGCGCACACUUGCUACACCCAAAGUAACUGGAGGAGGAUCCAAUGGAACAGAAACAUUGGCGAACAAUUGGGGAUGUAGUUCUGAGAGGACACUGAUUGGACUGGUUAUUUUCUCGACGGUCCAAGUCCAAGUGACAGGCAGUCCAGAAUGAAUUGUGAAAGUGAAAAUGUGAAACAGAGCAUGAAUUCAGUUUGGCUUCCAGGUGAAGGAUGAAUGAGACCACCUCUAACAGAAGUCAAAGCUGCAUUUAGAAGUUGCCUGUAGGUACAAGUCUAGGAUCAGCUUACUGUAGCUUACCCCUCAACCAAUAGAACUAUGGAGCCUUGAAACUGAUGGCAAAAUGCGAGAGACUAUGUCAAGAAUGUAAUUGGCGCUCAUUACUCGUAUCGGUUUCAAAGCACAAUGCAGCACAUCUGAUGACACUGGAGGAAAUCUGGACUCAUUAAAAUGGCCAUCGACAAUAACACAGGUUUAGCCGAAACGAUUCUCAUCUGCCUUUAAUAGGAAAUACAUACAGCCAUAGACACAAAAGGGAAAUAAAUAGGAUCAACAGGAUGGCCCAAGGCUUCACAGGGAAUAGCAGCAUUGCUAGAAAAAAACAUGUCAGGCACACACACACACACACACACACACACACACAGACACACACUCUCAGGAGAAGAAGCAUUUAUAGUGGUAUAAUACAUAG